AUGCAGCAUUCUCUCUUUUUUCUUAAAUUCAAAUUUGCGCAUCAAUUCUUCAAUGAAACUCCAGCUAAAAGUUAUAGUGUUUGCUCUUUGUGCCCUGCAAUGGUAAGCCAGAAUUUCUAAGGUUGGUCCAACCAACCUCAGGAAUUGCGGCUUAAAAUGCUUGCCCUUAUAGGGCUAUUCAAGGGAAUUGAUUAUAGGUAUAAUACUAUUAGAUUCCAAGAACAACUCCACAAGCAGCAACAAUAUAAGCAUCAAUGAUGAAACACCCACUCGAUCCACUGAAGUGAGCCAUCAAUUGAAGCAGAUCCACCACAACCGAUUCCGCAAGUUUCCAUGAGCCUCCACAAACUCCUCUGCACCUUCAAUCCUCGUUUAA